UACCAUAUAAGACAGAUGGUUAAAUGGAUGACUUUUGGCAUAAUGAAAUAUAUAUUUUAUGACGUAAAAAUUGCUAAAAAAAUAAUAAAUACUCUCGUUAGUCAAAGCUUGGAUGGUUGGCUAGAUUAUUAAUCGAUGUGAAAAUUGAUCUUUAUUCUGUCUCAUCGCAGUACUGCCCAAAAACCGAAAAUGUAUUUAUUUCUGCCAGGUAUAUUGGUUUUGGCCCUUUUCUCCACAUCUUCUGCAAGGAUUCAUAAAUUACCAAUUAAGAACGAUGUCAGAAGAUACAUCAGCCUUAGCACCUUUGGCUUCUGUAAAGGGGGCACACUUGCAGUAAAUCUUACAAAUUUUCAUGCUAGUCCGGAAAAUGAAAAUGCGGUGUUUGGUUUCAGCCUAGAUAGGGCAGCUAAUGAUGCGAGGAAUUAUUACCUUGACACCCAUCAGGAUGUCUGUAUCCUUGAGCAAGACGAGCGAUCAAAAAAUGAUAGCAACAAAGACGAGUUCAUUUAUUUGACUCUAGAUUUAAAAACGAACAAGUUGCAUGUAACAUGUGCUCAUUAUCAGCCGACAACUUCUAUACACAUAUACAAAAGUUCAGCUGAAAAAGAUCAAUCAACGACUGGGAGAUCUUGUAAGGAUUUAAAUUUCGACAUUACCCGUUUUGUCGUUGCAAAUCGCACAUUAUAUAAUGCCUCGUUCUUUAUGUCCGUGGAUAGUUUACGAGAGGAAGGAUUGUACAACUUGUAUUUCCACAACUGUCCGAACUACAAUCUCAAUACAGAAACCAUUCUUGAUUUCGACAUCGAAAUAACUGAACAGAAUGUGAACGGUUAUCUUUCAGCUGGGGAGAUGCCAUUACCCGCUCUCUUCUGUAUGAUGUCAAUCCUGUUCUUCUUAUCGGGGAUGUUUUGGGUAUUCCUGUUAAAGCAAUCUAAACAUCCAGUAUUUAAGAUACACUACAUGAUGGCAGUGCUGGUGUUUUUAAAAGCGAUUUCAUUGGCUUUCCACGGAGUCAACUACCACUAUAUCGAACAACUGGGCUUUCAUCUUACCACCUGGGCCAUACUGUUCUAUGUGGCGCAUCUGCUUAAAGGUGCUCUUCUGUUUGUGGUACUGGUGCUGGUGGGCACUGGAUGGACUUUUAUCAAAUACGUGCUGACACCCAAAGAUAAAAAGCUCUUCAUGGUGGUCAUUCCCCUGCAAGUACUGGCAAACCUUGCUCAAAUCAUACUAGAAGAAAGCGAAGAAGGCGAUAUAGAAUAUCUGGCUUGGAGGAAUGUUGUCAUUAUGAUCGAUUUACUGUGCUGUGGUGGCAUUUUGUUUCCUGUUGUAUGGUCAAUCAGGCAUUUACAGGAAGCCUCUGAGACAGACGGAAAGGCCGCAAUCAAUCUAAGGAAAUUGAAAUUAUUUAGACAUUUCUAUAUAAUGGUGGUGUGCUACAUUUAUUCUACACGUAUUAUCGUAUAUUUGCUCAAGAUAACAGUGCCUUUCCAGUACGGUUGGUUACAUGAAAUGUUUAGAGAAAUGGCGACGUAUGUGUUUUUCGUAUUGACAGCGUAUAAGUUUAGACCAGCAUCUCAAAAUCCUUAUUUUGCCUUGCAUGUUGAAGAGGAAGACCUAGACGAAGUAUUGACUGAAACAGGAGCAACUGAGGGAUUAAGAAAGGUAAAUUCUCGUUUAACAAAAGUUCCGUUUCAUGAAACUAUAACAGAAGUAACCGAAGAAGAAAAGGAUGCUCUAUUGGGGCAAAGUGAAAGCAGCCACGACUACGAUUGAAUUUGAAGUAGUAGAUGGGCUUUGCUGACAAAGUGCGAUCCUAUUUAUUGUGAUAGCACGUAAAAGUGGGUUGCAAAUGAAGUUCAAUACAAGUUAUUUUUUCUUACAUAUUAUCAGUAAUUGUAAAUAAAAGAGAAUGCGUUCGAAGUUCAUGUAAUACAUAUUGCUACAUACUCCUAUCACGCCCUUUUGAGUUGACUCCUAGUUUGAAUUAUUAUACUUUUUUAAGAUUUAUCACGUGUUAAAUUUGCAUGUUAUUUUCAAUUAAAACCAACACAUUGAAUAGAA